GUUGAAAGCAGGAGUCAUCGUCCCAUGUGACAACUCUCCAGUGAGGACUCCACUCUUCCCAGUUAAGAAAAUCAGAGACAAAGGACAGCCAACAGAAUGGAGGUGAAAGCGGCUCUGCCCAAACAGGCGACAGAACCACUGCACAUCAUUCAACCAGGAGACUGGGUGAUCAUUAAGGAGCUUCGCAGGAAGCACUGGAACUCAAAGCGGUGGCAAGGUCCCUUCCAAGUCCUUCUGACGACCAACACGGCUGUGAAGAUCGCAGAAAGAGCGACUUGGAUCCACUCCAGCCACUGCAGGAAGGUCCCGGAUCCGACAGACGACCCUCCAUCUCCAUCUACACCACACGAGAAAACCACCACUGACGAAAAGAAUUGAGAAGGACGACCCUCGCUGUGCUCACACACGCACUGAGGCGAGGCUGCGUUGACCGUUCAGCUAAAGGUGUGAGCCAAGCGCCGCCUGAAGCUGCGUCGGUGAAUCACACUAUCAGACCAUACAUCUACACACGCGUUCCUGAGAAAACACACACACGAGCAGCCUUGAGUUGCCGACGCUGGACGACGUGUAGACUCUUCACAUCACGGGAGUGACAGUGACUCAGACGACAUUGGGAGGAAACCUGGAGGUGAUAACGAAUCCCAGGUGUCUCUGUGAUCAGCUGAUCACAACCUGAAGAACCCUAACGAACUGUCAAGGUGUCAACAAACAGGUUGGAAACAAUCUAACGCUACUGUUCAACAGGAAGAAGACAUUGAUUGUGACCCUGUUGUUUUUGAUAUGUUACUCUAAUAUUUGCUCUAAAUUAUGUGAUUGAUUUACAUGUAUACCUCUCUGUGAUUUCAUCCACUAUUCUUAAACAAAGCAUUUUAUGCUUCCACUUGAUUCACACUUACACACAAAUUUUUAUCUUCCACUAACACAAAAUGGCAUUCACCAGACGAAACACGAUAAAAAUGAUUGUCAUAUCAACCAUUGCGGUGACAUGUGUGACCCUCCCGUACUUCUGGAGAACUCGCACAUUUGUUCACUAUAGAUCCAAACGCGACAUUAAGGAACCUAAAGCCUGGCAGCUUGCCCAAAACUACGUAAAUCAGAACCCCACAGGGAACUUAUGGUUAGCGUACCUCAAGUACACUUCUAAAACCCUCACAAACAAUUCAUGUGUAGCAUGUGCUGUCGCCAGACCCGAUCUCAUGGCUGUGCCCACUCCCUUUAACAGCAGUGAGUGUUACAACGAGCGACAACUGCACAAUAAAGACACCGGGUGUAGAUACACUGCGGACCCCAGCAUUCCAAGAUGUGAUCCGUCUUGCAAAAUGCACGCCUUGCACAAUCUGGGCAAGGGUAUGGAGAUGUACAGUCCCGUCACACAUAAGAAAGUAGAGGUGGCCGACAUCAAGGUAACGAAAAAGGAGCCCGCGGCUCCCUUGUAUUACACGGUGUGUACCACGUGUCACUUUGAAUGCUUCACCUCCAGCCUCGACGGAGGAAUAGAUGUAGGCCACUUUCCCAAUUGUCACCUGACGUGGGACGUCUCCAACGCACACGGACUUAACCCUGAAGACCAUGUGAUCCGGUUUGCGAUUCCAACUCACACCGAUGCUGCCCCUUUACUCUCAUAUACAUAUAGGAUCAAUAAUGUCUCACACGUUGCCCCAUCCUCCACCGACUUAGUCCAGCAAAGGAAGCCCUUGUCCGACAUGUGGUGGCUCUGUGGGGAUCACCCCAGGGCCACCUUACCAACCAAUUGGACCGGCACCUGUACUCAGGUAGUGUUCCUCACAGGGGGAAUACACCUUUUGCCCUCAGCUCCACAGAAACACUCACGCACCAGGCGCAGGGCUCCAGGAGGUUCCUUGGAUCCUGACCUUUACAUAGAUGCAAUAGGCGUACCACGAGGAGUGCCGGAGGAGUUUAAGGCUCGCAACGAGCAUGCGGCGGGGUGGACGAGUGCUAUACCCUUUAUGGGCCCCAUAAUAGAGGUUAACAAGAAUUCGGCCUGGAUCAACUACCUUUAUUACAAUCAACAGCGUUUCAUCAACAAAACUGCGGGCGGUAUGAGAGGCAUGUCUGGGCAGCUGGCUCCUACGUCUCAGAUGACUUGGCAGAAUAGAAUAGCCCUGGACAUGUUGCUAGCGGAGAAAGGAGGUGUCUGCGUUAUGUUUGGAGAAGCGUGCUGUACUUUUAUCCCCAACAACACUGAUUCUAAUGGUACUGUGACAAAGGCUAUCGAGGGCCUUGAGAGUCUUAGAGACGAAUGGGCUAGAAACUCCGGCGUAGAUCCGUCCCCUUGGCGCUGGCUAGACCAAACUUUUGGAAAAUGGAAAUCAGUUUUUAUGUCGGCAAUAGUCUCGCUUAUCAUCUUCAUGGCUGUGAUCAUGUUGCUUGGUUGUUGUGUUAUUCCUCUAAUUAGGGGUCUCAUCAUGCGCGCGAUAUCGGCGGCGCUUUCGUACCAAAUGACACAAUGCACUACAUUCAGGAAUCCAGAUACCGAUUCACUCAUUGGUUCUGAUGCUGACUCUGUAGAGGAUGAUGUUGACGUUGAUAACGAGGACCACAAAGAUGACUCCGAUGAUGAUGAUGGUAGUGACACGGAGACUGACGCCACAAUAAUUUAAAUCAACAUAUAACCCUCUUCCUAUUUUUGCUUGACUAAACAUGAUCUGAUUGAUUAUAGGCUUAUGUCCCUGUCUUUCCAAAAGCUCAUACACAAGGGUUAUUCUAGUAUAACUACCCACAAAAACAGCUCACAAUCUUUUAUCCCUACGCCAUUUACACGUUUCUAAGCAAUAUAUUUAACGAAUCAUUUUUAAAGAAUGCUUUAUUACUACAAAAUGAAUGCCACGAUUGACAAUUUUUUUUCUUUUAAUGUUUGAUUAAUGUGUAAUCAAAAGGGGGGAAAUGUAAUGGAAAAAUUGUACUUUUUUUUUGUGUUCAUUUCUGACUCUGCAUAGUGACCAUGCAUUCUGUACUUGUUGAUUAGAUCCAGAACUGAGCAUUCUCAGACAGACAAUCUAUCUCCCUCUCAAGGUGACCGAUUGUUCAUGGCCUGAGUCUGCCUUUUAACCCUGGGCUCUGGCUCCUUUCUGUCUGAUGCCUCACCAGACCCAAGGCUGUAGCCUUGUUUAUUCCCUGUGUAAUAUGAACAUCUUCACCCACAGUGUGAUAAGGAGAUUCCACCAGGUCCAGGGAAAAAGGUUAAAAGGCAGAAGCAACUUGAGGAUCAUGGGCUCUUUGCAUUAUACCUCCGUGGUGUGUGCACUGAUCUCCCCAGCUGGUUUUUGGUUUGUUGAUGUGCACGAUCAACAUCCAUGCUUUUUAUUUGCUUUCCCCAUUAUUUUUAUUUUAUCCUUUCUUUAUUAUUUCAAUAAAUCGCACAAAAGGACAA